GCACCAGUUACCCGGUUACGGUUAGCCAUGCCAUGCUUGAGCCUCAUCCAUACCUCAGCCCCAGAGGGGGGGGGGGCAAUAGAUGUCUAAUUAUAAAGCUGGCCUCGCUCCUCUCCCUCGUCUCCCUUCCCUCCCUCCUCUCCCUCCUCCCUCUCACAGCAUCCCCCCUGUUUGGUAGCUCCCUCCCUCCAACAGACCCAACCUCCCUAGAUCCAGGCCAAGAUGAAAGGCCUUCUUGCUGCCGGCGCCCUCCUCGGCGUCGCCGUCGCCCAGAAUGGCAAUGUGUGGGAACAGUGUGGCGGUAUCGACUUCCGCGGCAAGACGACGUGCGUCUCCGGCAACUCGUGCGUCUACCUGAACGACUGGUACAGCCAGUGCCAGCCGGGGGCGGCCCCAACCACGACCACGAGCUCGAAGACGACGUCCGGCCCCGCUGGGCCCACGUCGGCUCCCGGCAAGUUCAAGUACUUCGGCGUCAACGAGGCCGGCGGCGAGUUCGGCGAGAACUCAAAGCCCGGUGUGUGGGGCAAGGACUUUAUCUUCCCUGACACCAACGCCAUCAAGACCCUGAUCGGACAAGGCUACAACAUCUUCCGCGUCGGCUUCCUGAUGGAGCGCCUGGUCCCCAACUCCAUGACGGGUUCGAUGAACGCCGCCUACCUCGCUAACAUGUCCGUGUCGAUAAACGCCAUCACCAACGCGGGCGCGUAUGCCAUCCUCGACCCGCACAACUUCGGCCGCUACUACGGCAACGUGAUCACGUCCACUUCCAACUUCAAGACCUUCUGGCAGACCAUCGCGACGCCGUUCAAGGACAACAGCCGCGUCAUCUUCGACACCAACAACGAGUACCACGACAUGGACCAGUCGCUGGUGGUCAACCUCAACCAGGCGGCCAUCGACGGCAUCCGCGCCGCGGGGGCCAAGAGCCAGACCAUCUUCGUCGAGGGCAACUCGUGGACGGGCGCGUGGACGUGGGAGAGCGUCAACGGCAACACCAUGGGCAACCUGAAGGACCCUGAGAACAAGAUCGUCUACCAGAUGCACCAGUACCUCGACACGGACGGCUCUGGCACCCACGUGCCGUGCGUGUCCUCCACCAUCGGCGUCGAGCGCGUCUCCGGCGCCACGCGCUGGCUGAAGGCCAACGGCAAGAAGGGCAUCCUCGGCGAGUUCGCCGGCGGCGCAAACGACGUCUGCAAGCAGGCCGUCAAGGGCAUGCUCGACCACCUCAAGGACAACUCCGACGUGUGGACCGGCGCCCUCUGGUGGGCUGGCGGGCCGUGGUGGGGCGAUUACAUGUACAGCUUCGAGCCUCCCAGCGGAACGGGAUACAAGUACUACAACGACCUGCUGAAGACCUACACCCCGUAAGGGGUUGGUUGACUAGCGCAGCUAGACUCGUGGGUUAGUGGAAGGGGGUGGUGUGAAGGCGAUCAUGGCGUGGCAUGGCAUGACAUGGCGGUAGAGACGAGUCCUAUUUGGGAUUUAUGACCUUUCUUCUUCGUAUAUAGUUCUUUCGCCCGUACAUAUACUCUCCUAAGCCUUAGAGCUCGUCGAGGUUCAGCUACAGUGCCGGUGUUUCUUCGUGAAAUUGAGAU